AUGCACCGAGCACGAUCAAGAACGCGGCCAGCCCGACUAUUAAGAGUCGGAGUUAUUAGCACCUUUGCCGUUCUAGCGGCUCUGCUCCUCGCCCUCCCUGCUGCGGCCUUGAGUGCCCGUACACCACAUGACACGCGCACCCUAACAGACAUACAGGUGUCGGCGCUGGUCGGCCUCCCUCCAGAACCAUGGAAGGCAGUCGACGCGGGACACAUGAAGCAUCUCCUCGUCGAGCGAGUGUCCGGAACGCCCGGGAACAAAAAAGUCCAGACCUACCUCACAAAGGUCUUCACCAAGCUCGGCUGGCACGUCGAGACGGAUACCUUUACGGCCACGACCCCCAACGGCGACGUAGAAUUCACAAACCUAAUAUAUACGUUCGAUCCCGGUGCGCCGCGCAAACUAGUCCUCUCGGCGCACUUUGAUUCCAAGUGGUUUGCAUCCGGCGGCUUCAUCGGGGCGACGGAUAGUGCGGCGCCAGUCGGUUUCCUCCUAGACACUGCCGAGGCGCUUACGCCCCUCCUCAAAGCCCGCGCCGAGCGAAUCAAGGCCGGUUCGCCGCUCCUUACUGCAAACGUAGACGAGAGUGAGGCGGCCGAAACAACUCUCCAGAUCAUCCUGUUUGACGGCGAAGAGGCAUUCCAUACCUGGACCGACGAGGAUAGCGUCUACGGUAGCCGUCACCUCGCCUCACAGUGGGAAAACACUUAUCUUGCCCCCGACCACGCAUUACAGCGACGACGACAGAGCCCAACCCCAAACAUCCUGGAUACGAUCAACGUCCUUGUUCUUCUCGACCUCCUCGGCGCACCUAAACCCGUCCUCCAAUCCCAUUUCCGCGCCACAGACUGGUUGUUUGAGGCCCUCUCAAACGCUGAUAAGCGGGUCCGGGCUGCUUCGCUCGUUAACAGUACCGACGAGUGGUUCAGCCCAGAACAUGGAUGGGGCGGAAUGGGAGACGACCACGUUCCGUUCCUCACCCGUGGCGUGCCGAUUCUACACCUCAUCUCCGCACCGUUUCCACAUGUUUGGCAUACUAUGGCCGACGAUGCUAGUGCCCUCGAUUUGGAGGUUUGUCGACGGUGGAAUGCGAUUAUGCGCGUUUUCACCGCCGAGUACCUCCAUCUCUCGCCGGAUGAUGGCAAGGUCACGAGGAGGAAGAGAGAUGAGGAGAAUCGUAGCGACGAGCUUUGA